GGGGCCACGCGUGGCGCGAAAAUCGGCGCGAAGAGUGGCGCCACUUCCGUCCGCUGCCAGGCUCCUGCAGCCGGGCUCCCGCUGCCCGGCUCCCGCCUCGCCAUGGCGCAGCGCCGCGUCACCGACUUCUUCUUGCGCCGCCGCCCUGGUCCCCGCGCCGCGUCUUUGCGGGCCAAGCCGAACUGGCGCACCCCCAGCCCCGCCAAGUCCGCGCUUCCCGCCCAGGUUUCCACCUCGGGCGGCAGCCGCAAGCGCGCCCGCCCGCCCGCCGAGCCUGCGAGCGACGAGCCCACGCGCGACCAGCCCGCGCCGCCUGCGCGCAGGAGGCUGAGGCUGCCCGCCGAUGUGGUCCCUGGCCCUGGCUCCCCAGCCGCCUCUGGCUCCCCAGAGCACUCCUCUCCAAGCAAGAAGACAAAGAAGGCUGCCCUCUCAGGUCAGCUGCCCCAACUGGCACCCCAGAAGGACAAGGUCUCCUCGAAAGUCACCCUCUCUGAACUCAAGUCAUGCCUGCAGCGGGCCCGGGAGCUGGGGGCACGGGCCCAGGGACUGAGGGCAAGUGCCCCUGGGAAUGAUGGCGUGGAACCCAGUGUGCUGGAGGCCGAGGGGCACCCAGCAGAGCCAUGUGAAGAGAAGGCACCUGCCUAUCAACGCUUCCAUGCUCUGGCCCAGCCAGGCCUUCCUGGCCUCGUGCUGCCUUACAAGUACCAGGUGUUGGCUGAGAUGUUCCGCAGCAUGGACACCAUUGUGGGCAUGCUCUACAACCGCUCGGAGACCGUGACCUUUGCCAAGGUCAAGCAGGGUGUCCAGGACAUGAUGCGGAAGCGCUUUGAGGAGCGCAAUGUGGGCCAGAUCAAAACCGUGUAUCCUACCUCCUACCGCUUCCGCCAGGAGCGCAACAUCCCCACCUUCAAAGACAAUGUCAAGAGGUCCGAUUACCAGCUCACCAUCGAGCCGCUGUUGGAUCAGGAGGUUGGCAACGUGGCCCCCCAGCUCACAGCCUCACGCCUCCUACAGCGGCGACAGGUCUUCAGCCAGAACCUGGUGGAGCGUGUCCGGGAGCACCACAGGGUCUUCCUGGCCUCCCUGAAUCCCCCCAUGGUGGUGCCUGAGGACCGGCUGACACGCUGGCACCCUCGCUUCAAUGUGGAUGAAGUGCCUGACAUCGAGCCUGCUGAGCUGCCCCAGCCACCUACCACAGAGACGCUGGCCACUGCUCAGGAGGUGCUGGCUCGAGCCCGAAGUCUGAUGUCACCCAGGAUGGAGAAGGCCCUGAAUGACUUAGCCCUGCGCACAGCUGUGCCCAGCAGCCCUGUGUCCUCCAGCCCGGUACUGCCAGCCACCCCUCCGGCCACUCCACCUGCUCCCCUGAAGGGGGUGUCCCAGGACCUGCUGGAGCGGAUCCGGGCCAAGGAGGUGCAGAAGCAGCUGGCACAGAUGACGCGGUGCCCAGAGCAGGAGCAGAGGUUGCAGCGGCUUGAGCGGCUGCCUGAAUUGGCCCGGGUAUUACGUAGCAUCUUUGUGUCAGAGCGCAAGCCAGCACUCACCAUGGAGGUGGCCUGCGCCAGGAUGGUAGGCAGCUACCGCGUGGCCAUGAGCUCAGGGGAGAUGGAGAAACACGUGCAGCUCCUCUCUGAGCUGCUGCCUGACUGGCUUAGUCUCCACCGCAUCCGAACUGAUACCUAUGUCAAGCUGGACAAGGCUGCUGAUUUGGCGAGUGUCACUGCACAGCUGGCCCGCCUUGCUCGUGCUGAGGAGAUGCUGUGAGCCUGAUGGCCGCGCACCAACACGCAAACAUGGGCUCAAGGCCCUGGCUUGGCCCUCUGUGCCUGUUUUAUUCUCUAAGAAUGCAUUUGGCUCUCCCAUUCCUGAUCCACACAAGGGUCAGCAGUUGUACUAGGCUCUGGGGAUGGAAUUAUCUGGCCAUUGUGGGUGGUACAACCACCUCCUACAGCAUGCUGUCAUUAAACUGGUUUCCCUUGGA